AUGGUUGCUCCCCGCAUCGCAGCUUUAGAAGCUGCGAUUAAGACCAAUGCUUGGUCAAAUGGAAGUUACAAAGACUUACCAGUUUACCAAUUCCCGCAAACUACCAAGAAGAAGCCGAAAAAGCCUCCUGCUCCUCCGCGUCGACAGCCAACCAAGGUUGCACUGCGGAAGGGGAAUCGGUCCAAAGCAAAUGAUAAGAACUAUCAAGGCCACAUAGCCGAUAUCCUAUGUGUAGCAGCUUCUCAAGACGGCAAGUUCGUCGUCACAGGCGGUGCGGACAAGCGCCUGAUCGUCUACGACGCCAAGUCGUUGAAGCCCCUACGCGUCUUUACACACCACCGCGACGCCGUAACAGGUCUAGCGUUCCGACGGGGUACAAACCAACUAUAUUCAGCUUCUAAAGACCGUACCGUGAAAGUAUGGAGUUUAGAUGAGCUGGCAUACAUCGAGACUCUCUUUGGUCACCAAGACGAGGUCGUCGACAUCGACGCCCUAGCACAAGAACGUUGCGUGAGCGUAGGUGCACGAGAUCGAACAGCUCGCUUAUGGAAAGUUGUCGAAGAGACCCAGUUAGUAUUUCGCGGUGGGUCGAUCGACAAGAAGCAGAAGCCAGAGAUUGACCCGCGGUCGCUGGCCCACGAAGGCAGCAUGGAUCGCGUUGCAAUGAUCGAUGACGAGCUCUUUAUCACGGGCAGUGAUAACGGCUCUCUAGCCUUAUGGAGCAUACAGAAGAAGAAGCCACUCUUCAUCUUAGCACAAGCUCACGGCCUAGAAAACCCAUUGAAGCCGACGGAAGCAUCCGCCGAAAUAGCCCCAACCCCCAAAGUCGUACCGCCUCCACAACCUAGGUGGAUCACCGCACUCCGGACGUUACCUUACUCCGACCUCAUAUUGAGCGGUAGUUGGGACGGGUACGUCCGAGUCUGGCGAUUAAGCGACGACAAGAGGAAAAUCGAGCCAGCAGGAAUCCUAGGAAACCCAUCUACCGCAGACACCCCCGAAGACACAGAGACAACAACCAACACCAUGAACGGGGCCACAGCCGCCUCGUGGCUCGUCAAGGGUAUAGUCAACGACAUUGCUCUAUUCGAGCGGGGCGAGCGUGGCAAAGACGGUCUAUGCGUCGUAGUCGGAGUGGGAAAAGACCACCGCCUAGGCAUGUGGAAGAAAAUCAAGGGGGGCAAAAACGGUGCUGUCGUGUUCGAGGUGCCUAGGACGAGGCUGGAGCUUGAGAACGGUGUUGCGGGCGAGGGCAAAGAUGCCGGCUCGGAAUAA